AUGUCGCCUCGGGCAUGGAUCGGACCUCAAACCGACAGUCCGACCAUACGGGGUGGCUUCCAUCCACUGCAACCUUCAGCCACUUCCGACAUCGUAGUAUCUAUAGCCACACUCCCGGUGGAAAUUUUGGACAAGUGUUUCGCGUACCUGGCCGACAUUGAUCCACCACGAUCGAGUCGGACGAAGGCGUACUUCCACAGUCUGGCGCCCAUUACCCAUCUCGGCUUCGUCACCGUGACGCACGUCUGCAGCCACUGGAGACAUGUCGCAAUUAACAACACUCUUCUCUGGACCACACCUACCUUCGACCUUGGCCCCGAGUGGCUCGCAGCGACGCUAUCCAGGGCGAAGUCCGCACCGCUUACUAUCCGCCACGAUUUUGGGGACACAUCUCUGUCCCGCCGAGACAACCCACUCGCCCUUGAAGAGAUGCACGGCGUCAUGGAGACUCUGCGUUGUCACCUGUACCAUACUAUCACAAUCGACCUGUAUGGAUCUCUUCCUCCACCCGACAUCUUCCCAAUCGAAGACCUCCUGAGCUGCUCUGCUCCUGUUCUCGAGUCCCUCGCCAUUGAACGCAAGUCACCACUUUCUCCGAUCCUACUAGGUGACGAUGCUAGUCGGUUGAGGCAGGUGCAGCUCGUCGGAGUCGGGGAGACAUGGAUAGUGCCAGUGUUCACUGGCCUGACAUGCCUACACAUACACGCCGAGUCGAUAUCCGCCAGUACAUCACUCUCUCAGUUUCUCGACAUGUUGGAGCAAAAUCCUGAGCUGGAGUACCUGAAGAUCACCUUCGCACUUCCCCGUACCGACAGCCUAGUCCCCACACGUCGCAUCGCGCUCCCUCUGUUGAAGCGUCUGAGUGUCACGGGCUUCCCAUCCAGUUGCGCUACUCUGUUGAGUAACAUCGUGACACCUCCGAGCACCGCCUUCGCGGUGUUUGCGUCUUCGCUUCCCGGAUCUGAGGACGACCAUAGCGCUUUACUCUCCGCACUGGCAUCCAAGUUCCUGGCCCUCGACCCCCCUCUCCGUACCCUCACAAUUCAACCCCAGGACUCUGAUAUCAACGGAGAUACACUAUUCGAAGGCUCUCAGACUGUCGGCGGGCUCGAUGGGCGGCCACACUUCGAAGAGUCGCUGAGUGGCGGUUCACCGUCCGAUGUUCCUUUAACCCUCGAGAUAUCCCCUGCCGAGACCUUCCCGAACGACUACAGCGGAAGCACAACACACGCCAUCGAAAGCCUUCCCCUCCUCGACGUGGAAGUGCUUUCCGUGAGGUAUGCGCAGCCCGCGGUCUCUGGGAUCUGGACGAGGGCUCUUUCACGCCUGAAGCUCGUCCGCUACCUCGAGCUUGAAGGCUGCGCUCUCUACGCUCCUCUCUCAGCUCUUUCACUCACCGACACCGCAUGCGACCACCAUUCGAUCUCCAUGGCCUCCUUCCCGCGACUUGCGCGUCUGCAGAUCAACCGUACUGAUCUCACCGAGCGGGCUGCGUCCUAUAACUGGAGGAGUUACGAGCAUCUACUUCUAGAUGUCCUUCACCUACGAAAGAUGCGCGCCGUCCCGAUCCAGUGGUUGUGUUUGCAGGAUUGUCGAGUGUCGGAGAAAACUCUUGCACAUUUACGAGGUAUUGUCCCGGAAGUCCUAGUCCAAUACUCGCGGACCUUUGAGGAAGACAUGUCGGGGCCCAUUUCAUGCCACCGCUUGACCUGAUCAUUUCUCUACUUGUACGUUGUCAGUGGAACGUCAUUGAUGUACAAAUAUCUCUCAAUUGUGUCGCUCCCCAAUAAAGUUUCGCCUU